AUGAGUGGCGUGGGUGAGCCUUGGCCGGGUGGCAAAAGCGAGCCAAUUUUGCCGAGUGGCAAAAACAAGGAAGUUCACUUUUUUCUUUUCCCUGCAAUGUUUGAAUGCCUGUGUUGGGUAUUGGGAGGAUUUGAUGCAUUAGACUAUGUAACUGAGAGGCAGUGGGCCACAGCUUCAGAUGGCACCCAAAUACCUAUAUCGAUUGUCUAUCGAAAGAAUCUCGUGAAGCUUGAUGGGUCUGAUCCAUUACUACUUUACGGGUAUGGUUCAUAUGAGAUAUGCAUAGAUCCCGAUUUCAAGGCAUCCAGGUUGUCUUUGUUAGACCGGGGUUUCGUUUAUGCAAUUGCCCACAUUCGUGGAGGUGGUGAAAUGGGGAGGCAGUGGUAUGAAAAUGGGAAACUGUUGAAGAAGAAAAAUACUUUCACAGACUUUAUUGCUUGCACUGAGUAUUUGAUGGAGAAGAAAUACUGCUCAAAGGAUAAACUGUGCAUUGAGGGAAGAAGUGCAGGGGGAUUGCUUAUUGGAGCUGUUCUUAACAUGCGGCCUGAGUUAUUUAAAGCUGCUGUAGCCGGAGUUCCUUUUGUCGAUGUUUUGACCACAAUGCUAGAUCCAACCAUUCCUCUUACAACUGCAGAGUGGGAGGUCCUAUCUUUUCCUUUCUGAAAAUUUCAACCCCUAAACCUUAUUUCAUAUUGAAACAAUUAGAACUUAGAUGGCAGAACAGAGGAUGGAAAUUUGGUCUCCUACCUGUAAGAUCUCUUGGAGAUUGAUGCUAACAUCUGAUUUAUUCAUGCUUACAAGAAACAAGCUGACAUCAUAUAAAUUAAUUCGUGUAAUCACCUUUUUGUGGUUAAAAUUGGGCUAACUGGUUCAGUGAAAAUAUUCUGCUAUGCUUAUGAAUUCCAGAAAUAGCACCUCCACGUGUAGGGAUAAGGCCGCGUACACCUGACCCUCCCAAACUCUUCAGUGGUGGGAAUCUCGUGUACUAGGCUACCUUGACCUUGAGGUUAUAGUUCCGAAUUUAGGGCAGUCACUGUGUAAAUAAUGCCAAAAGUUAUGUCCGUACCCAGUCUACAUUUGCUUAUCAGUUAUCUCCUUUAAUUAUGUCCAUGCCACUUAAGUUGAAUAUUAAAACUCAUCAUGUACCUCUGCUAGUAGAUCUACCAGCAAAUUGGCUUUGCUUAGAUUUUCUCAUAUGAGAUUUGGAUUGAAUUUAUGAUUAGUGUACAUAAACAGUACUAUGUUUUCAACGGGAAACAACAUGUUGGCUGUACAUAUCUGUUUUUUUUAUUUUCGCCUUUCUGCAUUAAUUAUCUACACGAACAAAUAGACAUUAAUUUUGUUGAAUUAGAUUCUUAGGAGGAAAGACAUAAUUCAGUUUCUCUCCUGAUCUAAGACAGUAAAGGUGGAAUUCUUUAAUGGACUCUUUCACAAGUGUUUUGACUACUGAACAGCUCAAGUUGUAGCUGUACUAUUGUAUGUGUAAAUUUGAUUUUUACUAGUUGAUGCACAGUUGAUGCACACGUACGUUGCAUGUGAAUCAUUUUGAAUUUCAAAUGCUACAUGUUAGUGUUGUAAAUAUUAUUGAUGGAGUGCGUUGCACAAUCAAGCAAAGAUCGUGAUCCUUGGGGCCUAAUGAGUUACUGAAUGACUUAGUCAGAACUUAUAGCCUCUUAAGACGUGAAUAGGGGAGAUGGGGAAUGGUGCACAAAGCGUUUAUAGUGGUUCACCAGGUCAGGAGCUCAGUUAAUCUACUCUUAAGAGAGUCUCCUACUCCUAAGGGGUAUUUGUAUUAAUAAAAGGGGAAAAAAUUACAUGAGAUAUUUUCUUAGGCUCAUUGCUUAUAUCCAGUUGUGAGGGAUAUGUCCCUCAGAGGCCCUGCAUGAUCUUGGACGUGAUCUUUGCCUCCUUGUAACGGGCAUGCCUUUUAUGCGAUUGCCAUGGACAUUGUUGAGACAAUUACGACUUAUUUGUCCAAAUAUAAGACCAUUACGUUAUGUGUGGUGCCUGGGUGGCAAGAUUCAAAGUAUCGGCCGAGUCGGAUACAACUCGGUCGAGUCGUAUCCGCCUCGGCAGGCAGUGAUACGAUAACGAUACACAAUGCAAGACUAUCACGAGUCUACCAUGAAUCGGUUCUGACUCGGGCGAACUUGGUUCAACUCGGACAAACUCAGAUUUGACUCGGACAAAACUCGGCCCAACUCGGACAAACUCGGCCGAUUCACUUUCAAAUCGACCUAAUACGCACAACAAAGAAAAUGCCAAAAAAAAAAAGGCAAAAAAGAAGAGGAAUUGAACCCUAAAUCAGACCUCUUUCACCAUAAUAAAAACAAAAGAAGAACGAAUAGAUCACAGACCUGAAAAUUUGUGGUAAAUCUCCCCAAUUAGAGACCCUUUUACACUAAUUGUUCCUACUUUUCUUCUUCUUUGCAGUAGUAAAGGACCUAAGUACAGAAACCACGGAUCAACGAUCAACAUCGCGGAUUAAUUGCAGAAACUCUAGGUUGCUCAACGAUCGGACUACUCGAGUAGCAAGAGUUCUAGCUUCAACGACGAUGAGUCUCGAGUAGCAGAGACCCAUCGUCUCUGUGCUUCCUCUCUCUUUCCCUCUCUCUCUCUCCCUCCCUC